CUCUUUUUUGUGAGGGGCAGCUGCUGAGUGCGUGCGUGACAUGAUGCCUCGGCGUCACAAGCCCUGCUUCGCGGCCCUGGCGGCCUGCCUCAUUGCCGGAUCUGCCAUCGUCUGUGUGGUGUGCCAGGACUCCCAGCCCGACGACAUCGACAGCUUCGUCGACAAGCAAAACAUCACUCUCGACCAACUCAACGACGAGUGCUGGGUCAGCCGACGCACACGUGUGUCUUGCCUGUCUGUCUGUCUGCCUGCCUGUCUGUCGGUGCAUCGAUUGGAGUGUCUGUCUGUGUGUGUGUGUGUGUGACUGGUUUGUGUCAUGUCGUGUGUUGUGCAGGUGUGGAAGUCAACGCUGUGGGGUGAGUGAGAAGGCCACGCACAGUCCCCCCGUCAAAAGAGUGUGCUUGUCUGUGCGUAUCUGUGUGCCCUUGUGUAUGUCUGGUGACACAUUCAGGCGCACCCGUGAAGGAUUAUUCGCCGAUUUCGAAGCGCCGAGUGUGGCUGACUGACGGAUGUGCCGAGGCAUGCCAGAGGCACGAACAGUGCAAAGCAUGGAGCUUCGAUUGGUCCGCCUGACACGACACCUUUCACUCACACGUGUGCCACCCGCGAGACGCAUGCAGACCUCCCUCCUCUCUCAUUGUCUCUCUCUCUGUGCUGUGUGUGUUCAGGAAGGGCGAGUGCUUCCUGCUGUCCAAUGUGACGACUCUGCUCAAGGCCGGCCAGAGCGACUUGAGAAACUUCGCCUUCGUGGCGCAGGGCAAGAGGGGCAGCAGAGACUGCCGCCCACUCGACGAGAGACGACCGUGCCUCGAACAUAAUGUCAAGAUCUUAUGGUCAGCCCGCCAGCCGACCAACCAACCAGACAGACGGAGGGAGGGAGGAGUGCUUGAUCGGUGUUUUGUUUUGUUUGUGUGUGUGCAGGUCUGAUAUCAGUUACAAGUAUGCGGAUGCCAAUCUGACGGUUGAGGAGUGCCGGCAAGCGUGUAUCAAGACGGUUGAGUGCCGCUUCUUCACACUCCUCGCCCUCCCCGGCGAAACCAGACAAUGGUAUCUAUGGUCACUCAGGGAGUGAGGGAGGGAGGGAGCCCAGACACGCUUCACACGGCACGGCAGCAGACGCAACAUGUGGCUUGUCUGUUUGCCGCCUGUCAUCAGCUUCCUCAAAAACGCUGGCGUCAAUGACAACAAGGUGAGCACACCCCGGAAGCGCUGCUCUAUGCAAAGCUACGGAUGUCGGGUGUCUAUGUCAGUUGUGUUCCGAGUAUGCCACGAGUGGGUUUGCCAACGGUCGUGACUGUGGUUCGCCGACCGAGCCCCUGACGCCAUCAGAGGACGACGUCAAGAAGCUUACCAGCCAACAACUGUUCGUCUCCCUGGACCUACUCAAGAAGUCAUAUCCACCCUUCCCCCUUUUUCAGGGUGACACACCAGCAGAUCACCACACACACAUGACCCCAGCUGUGGCAUCUUGUGGGUGUGGGUGUGGGUGUGGGUGUGUCUGCAGAGGCGUACGAGAAGGUGAAUCAGUGCGGGUGCUACCGAGAGUUCACCAAACCGUUCUAUCAAGAGAUCGAGGACGACAGUGAAGGCGACAGUGAGGGGGAGGGCGACGGGGAAGAGACCAAGAAGCCCAAGACGGCUCCGGGCAGCGCCGUGAUGCUGCGGGAGAUCCCGACGUACCUCACGCCUCCCCGCCGUUGCCAGCUCUUCUGUCAGGCCGACGACAGAUGCCAACACUGGUCCACCAGAUGGAACAGGUAGGUAAACAGAGCAGCAAGCAAGAUACGGGUGGGGUGGGUAGUGGGCGGAUUGGAUUGGAUUGCUGUCUCAACGUGGGUGUGGUGGGUAUGGUGUUGUGUAUGCGAUGCCUUGGUUUGGUGUUGCAGAUGCUUCCUGUGGGCGGAUGUGCAGCGGUGGCUGGAGGGGCCGGACAUCCCCGACCUGGCGGGGCCCAAACUGUGUCCACGAGACAAACUAGGUCACUACCCAGACAGACAGAUAGACAGACAGACAGACAAUGCGCACACGGAACACGCCCGCACUUGUCACUUGUCGUUAAUGCUGCAGAGGAAGGCCUCCGUUGCGACGCCGAUUUUUAUCGCGAGCGGUACACUCCGCUGUCGCUGUUCGUGCUGAAGGUGCGGGACAUUCGUGUGCCGCUCGGAGGCUCGUGCCCCAUCGAGAUCAGCUGGGCCUCCCUCUCCUGGAUGCUCGCGGCCGCCAUCCUGCUGCUGGGGACCUUUGUGGUGGCCGUCAUUUCUAAGGUGCAUUUUGAGCGCCGGACCAACAUCGUCAGGGUCAUGAUUGCCGCCAUCUCCAGUGAGCGAGCAGCAAAGCAACCAUUGCGUACAACCGACCGUGUGAUGAUUGAUGUUUGUCUCUAUGUGUGUGUGUGUGCAGUGUGGGAUUUCCUUACUGACUGCGCGUUUGUUGCCCGGUCUUAUGAGUACGCCCAGCUGUGGGUGUUCUGGGUGAGUGAGUGGGACGAGAUGAGCCACCUGCACACACCACACCCAGUCAGUGGUCGAUUACACAAACACACAGGUAAGUACCACGUGCAUGUCAUGUGUGUGUGUGUGUGGAUCCGUAGGUCGGUAUCUUCCACCUGAACCUGGUGAUCUUCUCCAACUCGAUCGCCCUCAUCUACAUGACGCGCAGCAGAGACAGACAGGGACACAGCUUCCGUAAGCAACAAACAUAACACAACACACCACGUCAAGCAUCGCAUCCAUCAACACGGCCAUGCCAUGGAACUCUCUCUCUCUCUCUCUGUGUGUGUGUGUGUGUGUGUGUGCACAGGCAAGUGGAUGGAGCAGCACCAGCAGUACUCCCACUUGGGCACCCUCCUGGUGUUCGUCUCGUCCUUCCUCCACCUGGGCGUCCUUCACCUGUUCGCCUCGAGGCUGUUCGGCUGGACGCUGUUCUCGCUUGAGGUGCACACCAAGUCGCUGCUGACGAUGGAGAUGCUCACACUGGCCGAGGACGUGCCGCAAGUCGCUCUGCAGGUCAGUGGGAACGGCAAUGCACUCUGUGUGCUGGUUGGGUGUAUGUGUCUUGUGUCAUGUGCUGUGGUGUGCAGGCGUACGUGCUUCUGAAUCAGGGCAGCGGUGGCGGGGGCAUCCCCUCGGUGACGCUCGUGUCCAUCCUCACCUCGAUCUUCCAGAUCUUGAAGCUCCUGCUGUUCCUCCUCAAGUACGCCAUGCACUCGAUCUUCCCCUCGGUGGCCACCAAGAGCGCCUCCAGGACGGCAGCCAGCUCUUUCGCCCCCUCGCUGCGCUACGGCCACAGCAGUGACAGCGAGGAUUUUGGGGGCGGCGCGGAGCGCACCGUCAGCAAGACCACCGCCAGCGACAUGUCGCUCGUCAAGGCUGCCAACGAACAGCAGGGGGGGCCGUGAGAGAGAGAGAGAGAGAGAGAGUGUGCGUGUGUGUUGUGCUGUGCGUCCGGGAGGAUCGUUGUAUUGGGGUGUGGUGUGGUGGGGGUGAAAGGCCGUUGGUCGCUGGCCUAGUGGCCAGCUAGCUGUGGGCUCUGGGUGGGUGGCAUGAUAGGUGGGUGGAUGGAUGGAUGGAUGCGUCUGUGCGUGCGUUAGUGCGUGCGUUGGUGAGUUGGUGGUGGGGUGGUCGGUUGGUUCGAUUAUACGGAGGGUUCAUCUGAGAGCGAGCGGCAUCCGAGGAGACGAUUCUUCCUCUGCUUAAGUCUUCCCCUCUUAACGCUUACUAACUUGCUUGAUGGGAUGGUCGGUUGGUUGGUUCGUCGGUCGGCUCCUCGGCUGUGCCAUCUGUCUGUCAGUUGUGUGUGUGUGGCUCUUCACACGGACAGAUGCUGUUGGGAAUGUGGGUGGUGCACCGAUCGAUUGGAUGAAUGGCUUCCUUCCUUCUUUCUUGCCUGUCGUUCUUGUCGCAAGUGAGUGAGUGAGUGAGUGAGUCCCUCUCUUAUGUGUCUAUCGUAUGGAUGUGAUGUUCCCUCUUGGCCGAAUGAAUGAAGUGACUGGCGAGUUUUUGCUGCAGAGAGUGUCGGACGGACAGUUCCUCCCGUGUGCGUCCGUAUGUGUGGCGUAUGUGUCUUUUGUUCAUCUUCGUGUGGCGCGCUAGCGCGGUGUGGAUGUCCUCCCUCCCUGUCUCCCUCCCUCCCUCCCUGCCUGCCUCCCUCCCUCCCUGCGUGCCUGCCUCUAUGGUGGGUGCAUGGUGGGUCUGUCUGUUCAUUUGUCUGGCGUGUGUGUGGUUUGUUCGUACCAUCCGUCCCCGCCCGCAUGUGUGUAUGUCUGGAUGCAUUCCAUUGGUGCUUUCGUGCUAUGUCAUGUCAUUUCUCCCUCUCUCGUCAUAUGUAUCGUUUGUCUCUCCUUCGACUUUCAGGAGAGCUCUCUGUCUGUUUGUCUGCCUGUGGAUGUAUGUGUGCUUGUCUGUCUGUCUGUCUGUGCGCAUGAGUGUGUGUCCGUUCGUGUCCUUUAUUCUAUUCGUGCCCUCUGGUCGUCCACCUCUAUGGAGCGCAUCUCUAUCGGUCUGUCUCCCUCUCCCCCGUGUGUAUCUGUAUGUGUGUGUACGUUCGUCUCGCUAUCGCUGUCCCUGUCGAUCAGUAUCGCUUCAGAUCAAACUUGCAUGAAUGUGGUGAUUGUGGUGAUUGUGGUGAUUGUUGUAAUGCUCCCGGUGUUUAAGGGUGCAGUGUAUUUAUUGCAAUGCCUGUCGUUUUGUGAGAGAAGCAGUGAGUGAGUGCAGUAGAGGGAGGGAGGGAAGGGGAGGGACGGGGGGGAGGAGGGCGAAGUGAGAGCGCCAGUGAGAUCAGAACGACGCAAGGAGCGUGCAUGUGUGUGUCUUCGUGCAUGUGCGUCUCAGUGCUGACAUGGGGCGAGUAUGCGCCAUCGACUACAGAAGUGAACGCAUACAUCUGCG